CUCACAGGCGGAACCCACAGAUUUUCCCUGACCCACGUGGAAGCGGCGCUCAAGAUGCUGCGCCGCGAGGCCCGCCUGCGCCGCGAGUACCUGUACCGCAAGGCCCGCGAGGAGGCGCAGCGCUCGGCCCAGGAGAAGAAGGAGCGGCUGCGGCGCGCGCUCGAAGAAAACCGCCUGAUUCCCACUGAGUUACGCCGGGAAGCUCUGGCCUUACAGGGGUCCCUGGAGUUUGAUGAUGCUGGCGGUGAAGGUGUGACCAGCCACAUGGAUGAUGAAUACCGAUGGGCAGGAGUCGAGGAUCCCAAAGUCAUGAUCACUACCUCCCGAGACCCCAGUUCCCGCCUCAAGAUGUUUGCAAAGGAGCUGAAGCUCGUGUUCCCGGGAGCCCAGCGAAUGAACCGAGGUCGACAUGAAGUGGGGGCGCUGGUGCGAGCCUGCAAAGCCAACGGUGUGACCGACCUGCUGGUCGUCCACGAGCAUCGAGGCACACCUGUGGGGCUCAUCGUCAGCCACCUGCCCUUUGGCCCUACUGCCUACUUCACGCUGUGCAACGUGGUCAUGCGGCAUGACAUCCCAGACCUGGGCACCAUGUCGGAGGCCAAGCCCCACCUCAUCACACAUGGCUUCUCCUCCCGCCUGGGCAAGCGGGUAAGUCUGGGGGCCUUUGGGCCAGGGCUGUGGGCCAGGCCAGGCAUUUGCUACUCCCUUUCCCACUCUUUCCUUGUGGUCCAGGUCUCUGACAUCCUCCGAUACCUAUUUCCUGUGCCCAAAGACGACAGCCACCGGGUCAUCACCUUUGCAAACCAGGACGACUACAUAUCAUUCCGGCACCAUGUGUACAAGAAGACAGACCACCGCAACGUGGAGCUCACUGAGGUCGGGCCCCGCUUUGAGCUGAAGUUGUACAUGAUCCGCCUGGGCACGCUGGAGCAGGAGGCCACCGCAGACGUGGAGUGGCGCUGGCACCCUUACACCAAUACCGCACGCAAGAGGGUCUUCCUGAGCACCGACUGAGCCCACUCACCGGUUAGUCAGGACAGGGACUCUCGCAGACAGACUCGCCGGAGGGGCUCACCAACAGGCCCACUGAGCUGGGACGUGGAACUGUGGCGGGUGAAGAGGUGUGAAUAAACCUUCUGUGUCAUGU